AGAGGGAAACCUAAAUAAAACAAAUCAGGACAGAAAUUUCUCAGGGCUCUAAGGGAGAUACAACUAGCUGCCCAGAGUUUUUAGAAAAGGCGUACUUCACUUCUCGUCAGCAGCAAGGUUGACAAGAUGGGACUUCUAUGGUGUGUAAUGAGUCUCUACUUCUAUGGGAUCCUGCAAAGCGAUGCUUCAGAGCGCUGUGAUGACUGGGGACUAGAUACCAUGAGGCAGAUCCAAGUGUUUGAAGAUGAGCCAGCUCGCAUCAAGUGCCCACUCUUUGAACACUUCUUGAAAUAUAACUACAGUACAGCCCAUUCCGCGGGCCUCACUCUGAUCUGGUACUGGACUAGGCAGGACCGGGACCUUGAGGAACCAAUUAACUUCCGCCUCCCUGAGAACCGCAUUAGUAAGGAGAAAGAUGUGCUCUGGUUCCGGCCCACCCUCCUUAAUGACACUGGCAACUAUACCUGCAUGUUAAGGAACACCACAUAUUGCAGCAAAGUUGCAUUUCCUCUGGAAGUUGUUCAAAAAGAUAGCUGCUUCAAUUCUCCCAUGAAACCACCAGUGCAUAGACUAUAUCUUGAAAUUGCUGUUCAGAAGAUCACUUGUCCAAAUGUAGAUGGAUUUUUUCCUUCCAGUGUCAAACCAACCGUCACUUGGUAUAUGGGCUGUCAGAAAAUACACAACUUUAAUAAUGUGAUGCCUGAAGACAUGGACUUGAAUUUUUACUUAGCCAUGGUUUCAAAUAACGCAGAGUAUACAUGUGUUGUUACGUAUCCAGAAAAUGGGCGUACAUUCCAUCUCACCAGGACUCUGACGGUAAAGGUGGUAGGUGCUCCAAAAGAUGCAUUGCCACCCCAGAUCCAUUCACCCAAUGAUCUUGUGAUCUAUGAGAAAGAACUAGGAGAGGAGCUACUUCUUCCCUGUCAAGUCUUUUUUACUUUCCUGAAGGACUCUCGCAAUGAGGUUUGGUGGACCAUUGAUGGAAAAAAGCCGGACGACACCACUAUUGACCUAACGGUUAAUGAAAGUGUCAGCCAGACUAAAACAGAAGAUGAAACAAGGACUCAGAUUCUGAGCAUCAAGAAAGUUACUGCAGAGGAUCUCAAGCGCAACUACGUCUGUCAUGCUAGAAAUGCCAAAGGGGAGGUUGAGAAGCCAGCCAAGGUGAAACAGAAAGUGGUAGCUCCAAGAUACACAGUGGAACUGGCAUGUGGUUUUGGGGUCACAGUCCUGCUGGUGGUGAUUCUUAUUGUCGUUUACCAUGUUUACUGGCUGGAGAUGGUCCUAUUUUACCGGGCUCAUUUUGGAACAGAUGAAACCAUUUUAGACGGGAAGGAAUAUGAUAUUUAUGUAUCCUAUGCAAGGAAUGCUGAAGAAGAAGAAUUUGUAUUACUGACACUCCGUGGAGUUUUGGAAAAUGAAUUUGGAUACAAACUGUGCAUCUUUGACCGGGACAGUCUGCCUGGGGGAAUUGUCACAGACGAAACCUUGAGCUUCAUUCAGAAAAGCAGACGCCUCCUGGUUGUCCUAAGCCCCAACUACGUGCUCCAGGGAACCCAAGCCCUCCUGGAGCUCAAGGCUGGCCUAGAAAACAUGGCCUCUCGGGGAAACAUCAACGUCAUUUUAGUGCAGUACAAAGCGGUGAAGGAGACGAAGGUGAAAGAGCUGAAGAGGGCUAAGACGGUGCUCACGGUCAUUAAAUGGAAAGGGGAGAAAUCCAAGUAUCCCCAGGGCAGGUUCUGGAAGCAGCUGCAGGUGGCCAUGCCAGUGAAGAAAAGUUCCAGGUGGUCUAGAAGUGGCGAGCAGGGCCUCUCCUAUUCAUCCUUGAAAAAUGUAUGAAAGGGACAAUGAAAGGGGUCAUAAGAUCCAAGGGUACUCCAGGGAGGAAGAAUUCCCCCUUUACACCCAAUUUAUUGUUUCACGGACAGAAAACAAUUCUAUGGAAGCCUCCCCACAGAGAGAAAUUCAGGGUGACCGCAUGACUGGUUGUUCUGCUUCUUCAGGCAAUACUAAGGUUUAGAAUGAUAGUGCCACCAGUCUGUCACCCAUCUCUGAUGUCAGUGGCCUUUGCAGGCAAAGACUUGAUUGACGUGAAUUUUGCCACCUUCACCCUCUGUCCAUGUUCCUACAUGUCUCUAUUCUCUAUGCUCUCUCCUAUCUCUCUCUCUCAUAAUUUUAACAUUAUGGGGAAGACUUGCUGUGGAUUGAAAGACCCAUAGUCAUCUGUUAAAGAUAAGUCAUCUGUUAACAUGGUUAGUAUGAGUUUCCAGGUAUAGUUUUCUUUUUCUUUUAUUAUUACUCAUCUUAAAAAUAUAAUCAGGAUCUAAGUUUAUUUUAGCCGAGGACAAUGACCUAAAUUUAUUUUAGCUGAGCUCUUUCUCUUAUUCUGCUGUAUAACACACCAUCACAGCAAGCCUGACACCCACUUAGGGUGGUACAGAGCAGUAUUACUGUAAGUGUUUCUUCUAAUUGAUUUAAAGGACUUGCCUGCAUUUUCUCCUACUAUACCCUGUCUCAGGUAAUUGAUGUCAUAUUUGUCAACUUGAAAAAUGUAUCAUAAUGUUUUUAUUAUGGGAAACUUCUGAAUAUCUAUAGGUCAACUCACAUUUAUCACUCCAUCUUCUAUCUACUGUACCUUGUUUGUAUCGGUAAUUCAGAGUUUACAUUCAUUGGCUCCACACUCGGUUCAGUCUGAUGGGAAACUUCUCCUAAUGGUGCUAAUAGAGAAAUAACAGCAGAAUGCUGUUAGAGCCUUUCCUGGCUUAUGACAAAAGCGCAGAACAGGGUGUCUGGCAAUUUGUCUUUUAAUCUCAGCCUUGCUAAUGUGAAUAUUAGGACAGUGAUUUCUCCUCGCUUGUUUCUGUCUCCCCCAUUGUAAAGUGUGGAAGUUAGACUCUGACCAUGAAAGCUGCUUUUAGCAUUAAUAUUCAAGAGAAUUAACUGGACCCCUAGCAUUUUCCCUGUUUUAUUCACUGGUACAGUUAAUGCACUCACGCCAAACAAGUCGGCUGAAAAGUCAGUGUCAAUGUAACUUGUUUUAGUUUGUUUUAAAUAACACACUACUGUUCUUAAGAUUUGAAAAAGUGAAAACUAAAUCCAGAGUUUACAGAGUGAUGAAUAUCUAUAUU